CGCGCCCGCUGCACCACGCCUCCUCCGGAUCCUGCCAUCCCGCCGCCUCUGUCUGCCGACUCCAGCCUCCAGCCACCUCCUCGGCUCGCCAUGGACCCCAACUGCUCCUGCGCCACCGGUGGUUCCUGCACCUGCGCCGGCUCCUGCAAAUGCAAAGAGUGCAAAUGCACCUCCUGCAAGAAGAGUUGCUGCUCCUGCUGCCCCGUGGGCUGUGCCAAGUGUGCCAAGGGCUGCGUCUGCAAAGGGGCAGCGGAAAAGUGCAGUUGCUGCGCCUGAUGUGGAGGGAGCCCCGCUUCCACGUGUAAAUAGAACAACAUGAAGAAGCCCGGAUUUUUUUUUUUUUACAACCCUGACCCAUUUCCUACAUUUUUUUUCUAUAAAAUAUGUAACUGACAAUAAAAGUUGUUGACUUGG